AUGACGCAAAUAAAGAAAUCCACAACCAACAUUGUGAACAGCCGCCUACAGACGGCAGGACAAGCACCAGUUCUCCAUCUGUCGCCUGCAGAAGAGCUUCUGCGACGACUACUCUUAGCCUGUCGCGAAAGUAUCGUCUCCAGCAAAAAUGACGUGACGACUCUGGACAUGUGGUUCGUCGGAGGAUGGGUUCGAGACAGACUUCUCAAUGGUCAAUCCUCAGAUAUCGACGUGGCGCUCAGCUCCAUGACUGGCAUCCGGUUCGGCCACGCGCUUGAGAAUUAUCUCCAGAAAGAAAAGCACAAAUACCUUGACGAGGCAAGGCGCUACGGAGUUCCUCCUGUAAUCUCAAAGCUGCACGAGAUGAAAAAGAACUCGAAGAAAUCCAAACACAUCGAGACCGGAAGAUUCCACAGUAUUUUCGGCCUCUCGGUAGAUUUCGUGAAUCUCAGAAAGGAAACCUACGGAGAGGCGAGCACGAUCCCGCAGAUGGAGUUUGGCACUCCGGAGGAGGAUGCUCAUCGUCGCGAUGCUACAAUCAAUGCUCUGUUCUACAACCUCAAGACAGGAAUUGUUGAAGAUCAUACCGGACUUGGACUGCAUGACCUGGCUGCUGGCGUCAUCAGAACACCAUCUUGCCCCUUCGAAGCCAUUGGUGAUGACCCCCUCAGAAUCCUCCGGUUGAUCCGAAUUGCAGCUCAGCUUGGUUUCCGAAUUGAAAGGGAGACCAUGAACGCAAUGCGAAUUGUCGAGUUGCGGCAGCAACUCUGCACAAUGGUCAGUCGUCAGCGGGUAGAAGCGGAGCUCAUAAAGAUCCUUAGAGGCAAAAACACAUUUUCGGCUUUCCAAUUGAUCCAUGAACUCCAUCUCUACAGUCCAGUCUUUUACGAUGCGUUGCCAUGUACUGAAGAUGAGAGACCAAGCUGGGUUCUUUGGCACCCGGGUUGGUAUGGCCCACGGCACAGUGAAUGGGCUCGCGCCUUUGAAACCGUGGCUUUCCUAUUAGGCGGAGGACCGAAGACACUCAGGAAAAUUCUGCUUCAGCCUGAGAAAAUGGACGACAUCUGGAUGCUGACUGCUUUUGUGCCGAUGGACCUCGACCAACUUGAUGAUCUUGCAGAGCGAGAAGUAAAAGUACCCGGAUUUGUCUCUCAGUCGAUGAGAAAUCACCCUCGCAUUCAGAAUUACAAGGACGAGAUUAUGGCAGAUGGGUCUUUUCCCGGAAAACUACCUCGAGGUAGUCUCGGAAUGUUGAUUAGGACAUGCGGCAGUACUUGGAGAUUACAAAUACUUUACGCGCUUCUGAAAGACGACGUCGAUCAAUUGGGGUAUGGUAAUGAAAAGCUGGCCUUGAUUAUGCAGUGGUCGAGGUUUGUGGAAUAUAUCUCUAAGGCGAAGCUGGAGGACGCCCCAUAUGUAAAGCCUAUUCUCAACGGGCAUGAUAUUUUGGCCUUGUACGAUCUCGAAAAAGGAGGCCCGUUCAUGCAGCAAGCCCUCGAAGACCUUGUGAGAUGGCAAUUUACGCAUGAGAAUGCUACAAAGGAGGAUGCGAUGGAGUGGAUGCUUACUCAGAGGGAAACGUACAAUGUCUAA